UUUCUCUUUUUUUUUAAGGGGUAAAAAAAAAAUAGAAGCAAAGUAGUCCGUGAAAAGUCGAAAUACAGAAAAAGAAAUGGCGAAGGAGCAGGAGGAGAAUGGCAAUGGCAGUAGCAAAUUGUUGAUAGAGCUGCCACUAGGCGAAGCAGCGGAAGGAUUCGAGCUAGAGAAGGCAAUAUGCAGCCAUGGGUUAUUCAUGUUGGCCCCUAACCACUGGGAUCCAAUCUCCCGCUCCUUCUCUCGCCCUUUUCGUCUCACUUCUCCUCCUCUUACAGUCACCGUCGGCAUCUCUCAGCCGCCCACUUCUUCUUCUUCCACUCUCUACCUCCGCGUUUACGGUGCAUCCUCCCUCUCUCCACUGCACCGCCACUCUCUUUUAAACCAGGUGUCUAGAAUGCUGCGGUUGUCGGAGUCCGAGGAGAACAAGGUGAGAGAGUUUCGUAGCAUUGUGGAAGCAUUACAUGGAGAAGAAGAAGCAACUGAGUAUUUGAGGAGUUUCAGUGGGAGAGUCUUCAGAUCCCCUACUCUAUUUGAAGACAUGGUCAAGUGCAUUCUUCUCUGUAACUGCCAGUUUUCAAGAACUUUGAGCAUGGCUAAGGCACUUUGUGAGCUUCAGUUUGAAAUUCAACACCAAAUUUCUAGUUCAAAGGCUGCUGAAGAUGAUUUCAUUCCUAAAACGCCGGCAGGGAAGGAGUCAAAGAGAAAGUUGAGGGUGUCUAAAGUUUCCAUCCGUUUAGAAAGCAAACUCACAGAGUCCAAAGUAGAUAAUUCAGUGUCAGAUCUUCAGCUUUCCCAAGAACUCCAUGACUUUGUAGGCAUGGGAAGCUUCCCCAGUCCCGAAGAACUAGCAAAACUUGAUGAAAGUUUUCUUGCAAAACGCUGCAAUCUUGGCUACCGAGCAAGUCGAAUAUUGAAACUUGCGCAAGGGGUUGUCCAAGGCAAUAUUCAACUAACGCAAUUGGAAGAAGAUUGCAAGGAAACAAGCUUAUCCAGUUAUGAUAAGCUAUCUCAGCGGCUGCGUCAAAUUGAUGGAUUCGGUCCUUUCACAUGUGCCAAUGUGCUCAUGUGUAUGGGAUUUUACCAUGUGAUUCCAGCUGAUUCUGAAACUAUCAGGCAUUUAAAGCAGGUUCAUUCAAAAAGUUGUACUGUACAGACUGUUGGAAGGGAUGUUGAGCUUAUCUAUGCAAAAUAUGCACCAUUUCAGUUCUUGGCGUAUUGGGCAGAGAUGUGGCACUUUUAUGGGCAAAGGUUUGGAAAAUUAAGUGAACUGCCUGUCUCUGAUUAUAAACUUAUAACUGCUAGCAAUAUGAAGCAUAAGAAGAUAGCAACUCGUAAAAGGAGUAAGACAUCUGCCGAAGAGUAACCCUAACUCCGUUUUAUUAACUAAAAUGAUGGUAAAUUAUUUUAUGCUUGCUGCUCGAACUCACUGAUUGAAGUGUAUGAUAAUCAUGCAUAGACUUUCAUGAUUAAUUUGACCCAUGCCAUUUUGGAUUUUGGCAUCCGACCUAACUGAUGCCUUCUUGUACGAAUACCUUUUAAACGAUUUGCAUUUUGAUGCCAAUCUCAGUCCUUUUGUUCACUAUAAUUAUAAA